AAGGCAAGCACCAAAGGACGCGCAUGUGGCCUCGAUGGGGACUGCGUGAUUCGUUGGCCUUCGCCUCUGACAGCCACUGAGGGUCAAGUCCAGGCCCACCUAACGAAUCCCCCCUCAUGCCCGCGGGGCUGAGCUGAUGAAUCGAUUGUGAAUGAACUGCUGAGAAGUGCAGCUGGACACACCAUGUGAACUGCCUGCGCUGCGCCAUCCUUCAGCUUUUCCGGGUGCUCGAUCUAGUCUAUAAAUCCUUCCCUCUUCAUCCUCACCGCAUCUCUAUCUUCAUCGAAAGUUACCUCUUUUGACAAGCGACAGACUCGACUACCUCACUUAAUCACACAACAUUCACAGUCCUCACAAUGUCCGGUCCCUAUGAUUCCUACUCUGGCUACAAUCAGCAGUCACAGUACCCCCAGCAAGGCUACGGCGGUGGCGGCGGCGGCGGCGGCUACCCUCCUCAACAAGGCUACGAUCAAGGUGGCUACGGCCAGCAACAGCAAUACCCUCAGCAGGGCUACUCACAGUAUCCUCCUCAGGAUCAAGGCUUCGGCCCUCCUCAUCGUCAAGACUCCUUCGGCCCUCCCCAGCAGGGCGGUUUCCAACACGGCCAAGCCGGUGGCCAAUACGGUGCCUAUGAUGCUAGCAACCCACAAGGUCAUCCAGGCUACUACGGCCAGCCGCAACAAGGCUACGGCGGCAAUGACGCCUACUCUCAAAACCAAGCAUACCAGCAACAAUUAAGUCAAGGCGGCCAACAAGGUGGUCAGCCCGCUGGCCAAUAUCCGGAUGCUAGCCAACACCAGUUCUCUCCACAGUCGAGCGAUCCCAACGCUCCAAAUUACGACCCUAAUGCUCCACCAAUGACCGAGACAGACCGAGGAUUACUUGGAGCCAUUGGCGGUGGGUUCGGCGGUCAUUUCAUGGGCAAGAAGGCAGGACACGGUUUCUUGGGUACCGUAGGCGGUGCUAUCUUGGGCUCGCUGGCUGAAGACUUCGUGAAAGACAAGAAGAAGAAGCCACACCACAGCUCGCAGAGCAGCUGGGGCGGCAGCAGAUAUUAGAUGACUGGAGGCGAUGGCCGAAACAUUGCUUACAGCAUGAUUGGUCGUGGCCUUUCGUGAAUGAAAUUGGCCGCAGCAACAACAGACUCGAUUACGACGACUCAUGACUCUUGCUUGAGAUCAUUGCUACAUGGCAUCCUAAUGGUGCCUCUCUUUUUAGGUUAGAAUGGGCUUAUCGAGCAAAUACGGCAUAUGUUUAUGAAUUGAAGAAAAAUUGAUACUUG